GAUGACGACUGAGCAGAGGCCGAGUUCGUGCGGCCUGGUGGAGGCCGGCGCCGUCAUGGGGUGCCGAGUCGGCGGGGUGGGCCGCACCGAGGCCUUCGCGCGCAGCCUGCACCACAAGCUGCGCAGCCUGGGCGGGUCCCAGGGCAGCGCGACCCCGCCGCCCGCGCGCCCAGACUCGCCCGAGGACAUGGACGAGUCCUGGUCGAGCGUCCCCAGCGGUGCCGAGGCUCGCCGCACCCUCAGCUCCUCGUCGGUGGACAGCAGCUCGGACCUGUUCUACGACUUGGACUGCCAGUCACCGCAAGAGGAGGUCACGUCGCAGGAGCUAGCCGUCAUGAUGGCGGGUAGCGCGAACCGCGACGACCUGCUGCAGAACGGGCCGCAGUCGCCGCAGAGCGACUGCAGUUCGGACUACUUCGACACGGACGGCUACGACCAGGACCAGGGCAGCCCGACCGAACCCCCCAUGUCGCCGCCGCAGUCCGAGGACCACAACGGCGCGGCGAACGGCCUCAGCAACGGCGUGACGGCCAACGGCAAGAGCAAGAAGAGGCCCUGGGCGCGAGUGCAGCACAAGUUCAAGGCCGGCACCCCCGAGGCCAUGAGCGAGGUGAGCCAGCUCGACCUGGACGAGGCCGAGGACGACGAGGAGGUCGAGAGGCCCCGGACUAGGAGAGGUACGGGCCCCAGCCUCGCCAAGCUGAACUUUGCCAAAAGCUCACAGGCGAUCCUGCAGGAGGGGUUAAUCGAGCAGCUCAAGCAGGGCCACGACAUCCCAGCCGAGCUCAAGAACGGCCUCUGCCCGUGUCCGGCGUCGUCCGACGCGGAGGUGGCCGUUCCAGUGGCGGGCAGCAGAGGCCUGGCAGCCAUGAAGCAGGCCGCCAAAGCUCUGGAGGCGCUCGAGACCCCCGAUAGUAGCAGCACGCCCUCCGACGCCAAAGACAUUGCAAGGGACCUGGCGGAGCUGCGUCUCAAUGGCUUUUGCGGGGAGCCAGAAGAGUGUAAGGCCACCCCCGAGGACUUCCAGAGUCACAAUGGAAACCACGUAGAUAGUCAGGGCCUUGACGACAGCAAACAACACGAGGACAGAGCCAACCACCAUCACAGUGAGGACAGGCUCGAGGACGGCGAAGUCCUAAACGGCCAUCACGAAGAGCACACAGAUGGUGACAAGGACGCCGAAAACGAAGAGGAGGAGGAGGAUAAGGAGGAGGAAGAGGAAGAUCCGCGGCCUCGCAUACGGCGGUGCUCUUCGCUCAAGACGGGCAAGACGCCGCCGGGAACGCCCGGCCGCAAGAAGAUCGUGCGCUUUGCGGACGUGCUCGGCCUCGACCUCGCGGACGUGCGGACGUUCCUAGACGAGAUUCCCAAAGUGCCCACGUCCGCGUAUAACGACCUCCAGGACGUGGACCCCCAGGCGGAUAUGAUUGUCGCGGGGGUAGAUUCCUGCCUGCCAAGCGGCCAGCUGUCCCUCGCCUUCCACGCCCUCCUGGCCACCCCCGCCGCGGACUCCUUCGGCGUGCGGCCCCACGUGACGCGCGUCCUGGUGCCGCUGUUCCAGCAGCCCGGCGGCAUGGCCGACUUCCUGGAGCGGGUCCGCGACCGCCAGGUCUGCCUGGAGAACGCGGUGGUGGCCGACGCCGCGCUUCUCUCCAUCGCCGGCCAGGUGCGCGUGCGCAACCUGGACUUCCACAAGACGGUGCACAUCCGCUACACGCUGGACGGCUGGAGGAACUUCGCCGACCUGCAGGCCACGUACGUGCCCAACUCGUGCGACGGCUUCUCCGACAAGUUCACCUUUACGCUGUUCGCCGGCCACACCAUGUCCGUGGGCCAGCGCCUGGAGAUGGCCGUGCGCUUCCAGUGCAAGGGCUUCCAGUACUGGGACAGCAACAACGGCGCCAACUACUGCUUCCAGUGCCUGCCCCCUUCGGGCGCGCCCCCGCCCAUUCAGGCCGUGCCCACGCUUAACAGCCCGCACGACGACGGCUGGAAGUUCCUGUUCUAGGCUGCAGGUGGCUGGGGACUGCGGGUGCUUGUCCCCCAUGGACCCCCAUAGACGGCGCACCUAGUGCGCCUGACGCGCAGCGCGCAGCGGACCGGUGGUGACGAACUUUAAGUUCACGCGCUCAAAAGCCGCCCCGUCCCUUCAACGUCAAUUAAGAAAGCACAUCUUGCGUCAAGUACGACGGGUCCCUCAAAACUGAAUUGAUGUGAGAAAAUCUCUAUUAGAUUAGCCUGAUCCCGUGUGUGAAUGUGUCAGAAACGAGUCUUUAGGGUGUGUCUAGAAUGUUUGUAGAACAUUUUGACCCCAAAGAGAAGUAGGAAAGAGAAAGGAGAUUUAAGGGGUAGGAAGAAGAGUAUCAAUCUUCACAUGGUUGUGUAGAGCCGGCGUCUAAUUUAUUUUUGUCGUGUUAUUUUUGGAGAGAUGUAAAGGGGGUGCUUUUCGUGUCUGAAAAACCCCGCACAACUGAGGCCAAAGUGUAUGAUUAUUUUUAUAAAACGGUGUACGGCCUAGGGCGAUCUAAAACGUGCCAUAUAUUUUAAGAGUGAGUUAUUCGUGCUCUGUUUUGAAGUCAAUGCGGAGGAAGGCGGGUAUUUUGUUGACAUGUUGUUUGUAGAAUAUUGAUGGUGGGACUCUGCCAUAAUUCUUUUAAACAAUACAUAUCGCAUUCUAUAUUUUCUUGAGUAUGUUUUAUUCAUAUGCAACCUCAAGGAUCUUGUAACUGAAAUCUCGAGUGAUCAAAGUGCUGUAGGCUGUGUGUGUAUGUCAAUGCGUUUAUGACGAUUUGUCGAAUAUUGUGCUGAACGAAGUUCAUUGCCGCUGGGAACUGUGCAGAACUAUGAGGGCAAUAUUUUACUCCAAAUAAGUUCAAAAUUAGAAUUCUGCUAUUUAUCUGCAGAAUUGAACUGAUGACAAUAAACAAAUAUAUCUAGUGGCAGUGCUCAGUCAAGCAAUAAUUGUCUUCUUUUUUCGUUUUUAUUGCUUCUUACUGAGUAUAUUAUUCUGUUACAUUUGUUUGAACUUCUAUCAAAUAGUUCCUUCACAUUUUGUUGUUAGUCACUUUCCUGGGAUGAUUCGCCCUUGGUAUGUAUUUAGACAGUAAACUAAGACUGGUGCAUUGUGAUAUAUUUAUGCUAAGGUCAUUUGGCGAUUUGGAAAGUGUUUUUAUUUGUUUGCUGGCUUUUUGGUUCUAUUCCAUAGGAUUAUGAAACGCACAGUCGUUCUCAGAAUGGGUGUUUAAGGGAAUUCCUCCGAGGUGAUAGUGUUUUGACAAGGGCCUAAAAAAAAAACAUAUCAAAAUCAAAAAGUUUGCCCUUCCGAUUCUUGCGAGCAAAAAUAACCCAUCAAAAACAACAACAAAAAAGAAACCAGUAGGGUUCACAUUUAAAUAUGAAUGUCUUCUACGUAAGAAUGCCCUGUUAUGUUCCGUUGUGUGUUUGAGAUUGUUUCCUUUUCUUGUAUUUCAUAUGCCUCUUUAGGUUUCACCUCAGAAUCUGGAUGGUAUGCGUUGUGCAGUGGAAUCGCAAUGUUUUGCUAUCGGGAUAGUGAAGAAGAGCUAAAUGUGCCGGCAAAAGUUUACUGGUUAAUGAGGGAGAUAAAUGUUCUGCCGCACGUACGAGUAUCUUUGUUUGCCUUCUUUCUAGAAAGAAGGAAGUCACCCCCCAAAAAGACAUUUUAAUCAAAUAAUAUUAUGACUCAUCUGCCCAAGGCAAGACUGCAUUACAAUUCCAACUUGCACCUGAUUUAGGAGAGAUCUUUGAGUCUGAAUUGAAUGAACCGAUUCCAUCCGAUGACUGUGCGAAUGCGAAAACCUGGUGAAAAUUAGGAAAGGGGGUUACUUAUCUGGUCAAUUUAGUUUAAGCUUCAAACCUCCUGUAUAUGUGUACAAUUUUUCUCGUAUAUGCUAGUCACUGUUCAGCCAGUAGCUUCCCACUCCCCGUAGAGCCUCGUCUGGGUACCAGUAAUGCGUCAUGUCCGUGUGCAUGCGAUUCUUUACUUUAACAUUUCAUGUGCAACUGAAAUCGUCGCGCUCUCUUCGCCCUCUUUGGUACGAUUUCGUGUUAAAAGGAGACAUGCUGGGCGUUGCAGGCUUUCUCUUCUUUAAAACUUAUUCCACAGCUAAUAGUUGGACGAAUUUCAGCCCGCUAUGCCUUGCAUCUAAGUGUGGAUUGACUGACCUCUCCCCUCUGGAAUUUUUUUUAAUUGUUUUAAACUUCAUAUUGUGUAUUGUUACCAUAAUUUAUUGAUGUCUAUUCGUGAGAUUGAUGUGAGAAACCUUUAGUGCCAAAAUGCUUUGCGAUGUGUCAUAUGAUAUUAAUUGUAAAUAUUUAAUGCUAUUGUAUUCAUAGCUUUAAUUGUAUAUAUUGAUCGUUGUUAUUAUUAUUGUUUAUAUGUUAUGAAUUUUAUAAAUAUUCUAUCUUUUACUACUUAUCUGUGGUUUAUUUACAUGUGAAUAGAAUAUUGUGAAGCUAUGCUACUUUCUUGGGAAUUUAUAAAAGACUGGGACUCUAUCAGAUGCGGGAAAGAAGCGAUCAAAGUCAUACGUGUUAAAGAUUCAUUUCACCGAGAGUGCAAUAAAUUUUUUAGUCAAUGA